UUCCAUUAAAUACAAGCAGUGACUUUUGAUUGAUGAAUCUGUUCUCUUCUUGAUAAAAAGAACUGCUUCAGACAUUUUAAGGUGGAACUCGCAAUGGCUGGAGAGGGAUGCGCGUUUGAGCAAACUUUUUCUUUCACUCCUCUUCCCGCUAAGACCUUCUCUUUCCAACAAGAUAAAGACACCUUGAACCUUUUGAUGAAAUGGUCCAUGCUUGGGAGGAUCUCAGCUCAGGCUUACAGCUUUGACAGUAACUUUCACCCCUACAGCUGUGAAACGUUUGCCUUGUGUUUCUUUAAAGACCCUAAGGUGAUUCACAGUCUGAGAAAUAUGGAGGACAAACUCCGGGUGCCUCUUGAGAAGCCAGUUGUGUCUGUCAGCGUAGAGCUGGUGCCCUGUACUAAGAUCUCCAUGGAGCUGUUUGAUCCAAUCUUCUCUUGCGGGAUCUUGAGGCCUUCUGGUGAUGUAGUUAAAUGCUUUCAUGAUGUCUACCCUGAUUUCGAUGAACUUCGACAGAUGUUACAGGAAGAGGACUCCGAGCACUACUAUGUUGUUGGAAAGACGGAACGGAAGGAGUUUCUCUUUUGCCUCUUUAAGCACCUGUGUCUUGGCGGGGAGCUUUGUCAGUAUGAGGACAACAUUGAUCCCUACAUUAGCACCACUAAGAAGCUAUACAAAGACCUUAUAAGCGUUCAAAAGGAUACAGAUACAAGAAAGAUCAGUGUGGUGUCCACUGUGCUCAAAGUCAGUGCCUAUGAUGAGUCUGGCAUUUGUUUUCCUGGGACUCAAGAUGAGGAACAAACAUUUGCCUACCUGAUCGUGGAUCCGGUUAAACGAAAUGUGACUUUGUUUUACCACAUCUUCGGCAUGGGAAAGUUCACACUUUGAGUGCCGAAAAAAAGAAAGAUGAGUCAAAAAUGUAGCUUAAAAAAAAAAUGUAAUUUUCUUUUGUCAAGUGAAGCUACAUCCAUAAAGGACUUUCUACCUUCCUUCUUAAAACAGGAAGAAUAGUCGGCCAUGCAAUGCCUAGAAAACUUUAUAAGGUCCUUUUAGUUCCAUAGUCAGAAAUCUGAAAAACGGCUCAAUAAGAGCCCAUGCUCAAUAUAAACAUUUUUAUUUAAAUUGAAUUGAGUUUAAUAACCU